AUGGGUAGUCACUGGUUAUCCGAUUCCCUGCGUCACCAAACUGGCCACCUUCAUGUUGCAACACUUCAAGCCUCCCGUGGUCAACCUCAUCUCCCCGACGACAGAAUCUCGAUUCCGGUUGUGAUGGUGGAGGCGAUGGAUGACUCUGCCAUUGUAACAACCUCAUUGCCAACGUGCCUCUCCUCUAUAACGAUGUCGGAACGUUUCCAAAGCGCAUAUGGCGGUGAAACCAACUGGCCCAAAUCAGCCGCCUUCCUUCGAAACGUUCCUAACCCUCCCUCUCAUCUCCAAGUUACAUCGGUCCACCCAGCACAGCCCGAUAUCCUAGUCCUACAUGAUCUCUCGGUGUCGACCUCUCACAUCGAGUUCCUGCGUCUUUCCAUCAAUGAUCCUUCUGCGCAGUACCACAAGCUCAAGGGUUUGAUAUCUUCCUUUGAUUUCCCUUCACUCCAAAAUUUUCGCCUUCCUUUGCCGGCACUACGCCGUGUCCUUUCACAGUGCCUAGUCUCAAAACUCAGGCCUCAUUUGGCCUAUCAGCCAAUUACAGAGACUGACGCUGUUCACUUGGACCAUUUGAUCACAGCAAAGGUACACGAGUACUUCUCCUUUCCUUUUCAUUUUAACUCUACCUUGCUUUCGCUGCCUCUGUCACUCCAUGGUUUUGAUUUCCCCUCUAUCUCUCGCUUGAAUCGCGUAGCAGCCGUGAACGGCCUGCUUCGUGACCUUAACCAUCAUAUAGGAACAUUCCGAGAUAUGGCUCGUAUCACGCUCGUGGACUGGACAUGUCAACUGAACCAUUGUGUCUUUCCUCUUCACGGCGCGUCUCUCAACACCUCGUUCAUGCGGCAACAAAGUGGCCUGCCUUUCCAGUGGCGGCUUGCACAUGACACUAUGCGCCAAAACGGUUUGUCCAUCCGUAACACGGAUCUCUCUUUCCUUUUCUAUGGCGAUGUGUCUCUGCGUCACCUGAAUCGCACGUUACACACUCGUCUCAGUCUACCACCACAGUUUAUAACCAACUUGGCUAAUGCCGGACUGACUCACCUCUUUGACAUCGCAUCCUUCACCCUAGAUCCCGCAAAACAUGACGUUGUGCAACUACAACCUCAUCCCAAUGUCCACUUUCAAAAUGCUACCACUCGCGCUCAAGAACAGUGGUUACAAACCUCACAGUGGCUUUCCGAUUUAACGCUGAUGGAUCUGUGUCUGGACUUGGAGCCCCUUUGGUUCCUGGGUUUACCUCCAAGGUUGCGUAUGCAACAAGCACAAGAUCUCAUCAAUGCCUACUACGCUGUUUCCCCUCACGCGCCCUUUCCCACCUCCAUUCCUCCUGGGAUUUUCGCAUCUGACGCAUCUAUGCUUCCGGCUGCACCCUCUUUCCGACAUCAACGUUCAGUAACCUUCUCGUCAAUUUCUCAUUCCUCUGCCCUGGCCAUGAAUCUCGACUGCUUCCGUACUUCAGCGUGGGUUUAUCAUGGCGAGACGUACGGACUCAUAGCAUCAACAAUACAUCAAUACAAUUUACCAUCACCCCCUUCUCACCUACCCUCUUCUCCAACUCUCUAUACCGACCACCUCAACUCUUCUCGUAUUGUAUCUUCCGCUCUCCACCUCCCUCCUCUGCCUCAUCAAUGGUCAUCUCUUCCUGGUCAUCGGCUCGCAUCAGGUUCUCAGCAUUUACAAAUUCGGCCACCUCCCGCACCCUUACCUACUUUCUUUAUGGAUUCUUUUAUGCUUUACUCACCAAACGACGGCUACAUUGAAACAAGUAUAUCAUCAUAUCUGCCAUCUGUACUCACUUCCGCUGCUUAUUCUAGCCCAGACUUCCGCCCUGCCAUGACGAUGCUACUGCCGUUCCACGACCAACACACACCUCCCGAACAUCCCUAUUUGCGGGCCUCCUCGGCAUAUUCAGCCUUGGUACAGCUCUACGCGAGAUCAGAUCAGCUGGACACGACGUACGCACGAUUCCGACGCUUCGGAAACGUAUCCCCCAUGUGCAUCAGUGGAUGCGAUGCACUGGAAACCGUCCACCACGUCUUCGUCUCGUGCCCUGUGUAUCGCUCCUUCCGCCAACAUGCCACACAAACACUGAUUACUGAGACAUCCCGUAUCCUGGACUCUGCAGAAGUACCCUUGCUCAUUUGCAGGUCCUUUCUUCAGGUGGUCCGAUGUCUCUUUGAAGAUGGCCCCGUUUGGCCCCAAUCUCUAUCUCGCUUCUACCUUGGCCUAACGCCACCCUUGCCCGCACUUACUGGUUUGCCGGGAGCGAAGACAAGUCGUCUGUUGGUACGCAUCGCUCACACGUGGCACACGUCAUGCAUUCGUCUGGCUGGCAGGAUUUGGGCGGAAUAUAAGCGAAGGGUACGUCCGGCUCCAUCGAAAAAGAAUAAUAACGCCGUAGCCAUUGAUUUACCAUCCUUUUUAUCUCCUAUCUUAUCGUCCUGA